AUGAGUGAAGAAAUUCUUCGAGAAAUGGCAGAGUUAAGAGAAAUGAUGACUGCGCGAAGAAAUGGUGAAAGGAGACAGUUAGAAGAAGCAGUAGAGGAAGCUAGAAAAACACCCUUUGCAAGGCAAAUACAAAUUGAAAUAAUACCACCUAAGUGCAAUUUACCAGUAUUCACAAGUAUAUUUGAUGGAAGCACAUGUGCAGUACAACACAUAAAAGCUUACAGCCGAUCUCUGUUGCAAUGGGAAGAUAACGAUGCAGUAUUGUGCAAGUAUUUCCCAGCGAGCUUAACAGGGGAAGCUUCGGAAUGGUUCGAAGGGUUUCCAGUGGGGACCAUUACAUCAUUUCGUCAUUUACAGAACGUCUUUUUGGGACAAUAUAUCAGUAACAAUAUGUCAAGACCAGGGAUUGAGACAUCCUUUGGACUUCGCAGAAGGAUCAAUGAGAGUUUGCGUCAUGUAACCACGCGUUGGAGGACCAUGUGUAGUGAAAUGGCAAGACGAGUGGAUGAACGAAAUCUUAUAAUAUCCUUUAUCAAUGCUCUUUUUCCUACAGAUUUAUUAUAUACACAGAUCUUCAGGAUAAAGGAUAUCAUAACAAUGUCAGAGUUGCGCGAAUUUCAAGAGGAGUAUAUAGCACUUGAGGAGAAGCAAAGAGAUAUGGAGUCUUACCCAGUUGCGAUACCUAAUGCGAAUAAUGGGAAUGCAAGUUAA